GGAGGGGUGUCUGUGGGAAAUGCUAUAAGGAAAUACUAGGGAGCAAAGCAAACAGUGAGAGCUGGAGCAGAGGAGGACAAGCAGCAUGGCAGGGUUCCAUGUCCGCUCCGUUCUGGUGACUGGAGCCAACCGGGGCCUCGGCCUGGGGCUCGUUCAGCAUUUCCUGAGGAUGCCAAAACCACCACAGUGGAUCUUUGCAGGCUGUCGGGACCCCAAGGGACAGCGAGCACAGGAGUUACAGAAUUUGGCCUCCAAGCACCCCAACAUCAUCAUCAUCCCGCUCGAAGUUGCUGACCCUGCCAGCAUCAAGGCGGCUGCAGCCAAGGUUGGGGAGCACCUGGGGGAUUCUGGGCUGAACCUCCUCAUCAACAAUGCUGGAAUAGGCAAGCCAAACUCCCUUGAUAAUGAGACGCUGGAGAGUAUGACCCAGGUUUACACCACUAACACAAUUGGGCCGCUGCUGAUGGGCCAGGCAUUCCUGCCCUUGCUGAAGAAAGCUGCCCAGGGGAGCCCAGGCUCAGGGCUGAGUUGCAGCAAGGCUGCCAUCGUCAACAUGUCCAGCUAUGCAGGCUCCAUUGAGGAUAUGUAUGUAUGGGAUUUUGGACAAGUUGUCUCGUACCGCUGCAGCAAGGCUGCUCUGAACAUGCUGAGCAAGUGCCAGUCCCUGGCGUACAAGGAGCACGGCAUCCUCUGUGUCGCUCUCCACCCCGGCUGGGUGCAAACAGACAUGGGCAGUGCUGCAGGAUCAUUUAAGCCUCCCCUGACAGUGGAUGACAGCGUGCAAGGGAUGCUGAAGGUGCUGUCCUCCAUCUCUGAGAAGGACACUGGGACCUUCCUGGACUGGGAAGGGAAGGUCAUACCCUGGUGAAAUGCUGAUUCAGGAUUCUGACUGUGAGGACCACUGCUGCUGCACCAUGUUGUGCCUGUCCCUUAGUAAAUGAUUGUCCACAAACAAUAAAUAGCACUGUGUGAGCCUCCUUCCCUUGA